AUGAGUUUCCUUGCGAUUUUUGGUGGUACUCAGCAUACCGAGGGCAAUUCGCAGGACAAGAGUGCCGGUCCAGCAACUGCCACCAUCACCCGCUUUCGUGAUGCUCUCAAUGGAGAUGUUAUCCGCUUGGAUUUCAUUCAUCCAAAGAAGAGAUGGAAUAUUGGACAGCAUCUCUACCUCUGCUUGCCGGAGACCACCAUUUGGCAAUCGCAUCCGUUCACUCCAUUAAGCCUUCCAAGGGACUAUGGAAGUGGGUCGGUGCACUCGUAUUUCGUGCGGGCGAGGAUGAGAGAUAUGAGGAUUCUCGCAGACUUGGGCCAUGAGAAGUGUGUCACUAUUCCGGAUAUUGCGAUAAUACGCGACGGCCCUCCCUCGACAACUCCAGCCAUCCUGACAGAACCAAAUGGCCAAUCGAUCGUGAACCAGUUGCCUUCAGACGCUAAUGUACUCUGCAUCGCUGGCGGGACACGGGUGACAUUUGUUCUUCCCGUGCUGCUAAGUCUAUUGAAUCCGUCGCCUGUCCCAGAUCGGAAAGUCGAGUUGAUUUGA